AUGCAUGAAGUUAGCCUUAUCAGUCUUCGAAAAAGGGAUCUGGAGAAAUCACUACCUUGGAUGGCCGAUCCAUUUUUCUUAGACCCGGAGCCUGAAGUGGAGAUUGAGGAAGGAAGGAAAGAAGUCGGUGAGUCAUCCGUCUCAGGUCUGGCAGGGACGUUGAAGCGUACGAAGCCAUUCCCUCAUCGAGGGGAAGCCAAAAAGAAGAAGGACGACACCGAAGACUUCAUGGAGAUUUUUGGCAAGCUGGAGAUCAACCUGCCCUUCCUACAAGCUUUAAAGCUGCCUACAUUCAGUAAAUUCAUCAAGGAGUUCAUAGCAGGAAAGACCAAGCCCGACGGGAAAAUAGUAAUUGGUGAAAAUGUGUCAGCUGUGAUACAAAAGAGGAAGAUGCCAUCAAAAUGCGCAGACCCAGGUAUGUUCACUUUGCCUAUUUCUCUGGGUGACAUAAAAAUUGAGCAUGCUAUGUGUGAUUUAGGAGCCUCGAUAAAUGUGUUACCACUUUCGAUAUAUAAGAAGUUGAUAGGAGUGAGUCUGUUGGAUACGAAAGUGGUAAUUCAGUUGGCCGAUAGAACAUGCAUUUCAACCAAAGGUGUGUUGGAGAACGUGAUAGUAAAAGUGCAUGAUUUCCUGCCCCCAGCUGAUUUUCAUGUGAUGAAAAUGAGUGAUAAUGAAUCUGUUGAGUCUAGUGGAGUGCUAUUAGGAAGGCCAUUCUUACGCACCGCUAAGACUAUAAUAGAUGUGUUUGAUGGAUCGAUAUGCCUGGAUUAUCAUGGGGAAAAAUACACAUUUAACAUCGAUGAAGCUAUGAAAAAACCAUUGGAUGUUGAGAAUUUGCAUUCUGUCGAUGUCAUUAUGUCACACCCCAACCCUUAUGACAUAUGCACAACUAUAAAUAAAUUCAAAAUUUAG